AUGCUGAUGAAUUAUUCUAAGCGUUCUUUAAGAUUAUUUAGCUCAAUUUGUACUCCCAAAGACUAUUAUGUGAUUCUAGGGCUAGAAAUAGGAGCUAAGCAAGCCGACGUCCGUCAAGCCUAUUUAAGCCUUGCCAAACAAUAUCACCCAGAUACCCCAACUGGGGACGCGGAAAAGUUCAAAAAAAUUGGCGAGGCCUAUGAGAAAAUAAGUGACUUAAAUUUUAGCGUAGGCAAAGAAAUAAAUCAUCAGCAAUCCCAAAGUAAGCAAAAUAAGGAUAAUGAUUUUUAUGAGGCAAAAUCUUCAUAUUCACAUGAAGAUUAUCGAAGGCAUAAUGAAUGGGCUUAUAAAGAAAGAAUUAGGCCAGAUUAUGGCUUUAGAGGGGCGACUACGCAUGGAUGUGCUUAUAAUGACCCAUUUUUGGCAAGAAGGGAAAGGUAUACUUAUAGCCAAUAUAAAUAUGAUAAAUACAACAACAAUCACAAUUGGAAAAAUCAUGGACGAAAAAGAAGAGAAGAAACUUAUGGAGGAAGGGAAGAAAAAGAAGCAGAAAAUGAAUCAAAAAUUUGGAUUUAUGUCGCGGUUUUUGUGGGAGGAAUUAUUACCGUUUAAAAUAAAAAUUUAAUUUUUUGGAUUUAAUUAAAGUAGACUAUUUUCAACAAAAAAUUAAUAAUAAUUUGUGAACUAUUAAGCUUUAAGUUUUAAAAAUGAAAAUAUAUUUAUUCAGUCAUUUAAUUCAAGUCCAGCUUAUUCUUCACCACCAAACUUAUAUCGAAAAUCAAGAUAA